AUGUAUAAUCAUGAACAAGAAAUAAGCGAUAGCGACUCUGAAUUUAGUGAAGAUGAGCUUGAAGUGUAUUUUUUACAAAACCAUCAUAAUGAACAUUUGAUAGAUGGCUUUCCAGUAAAUCCCGAAUAUCCAGCUCAAGAAAGCGAUGAGGAAUCAGAUCCUCAAAAUAAUUUAUCUGUGAUACCAGCAGUUGAUACUGUUAGAAAUCGGGGGCAAAGCAGAGGACGACCACGCGGAUCAAGAGCUAAUCGUGGUGGUAGAUCUAGUCAACAAAUUAGUCUACCAAACCCACCAGAGUUUAUUUUUUUACAGCACAGACUUCCUUUUCGUGAAAGAGGGUAUCCAAUUCUUCCUGGCCAUUUACAGCAGCUUGGAAUAGUAACCCCUUUAAUGUUAUUUUAUGAAUUUUUUUCAAUUGAAUCUCUUAGACAGAUAGUAGAAUCAACAAAUAAAUACAAUAGUGAAGAAUUUUGUAUACAUCUUGUUUGGGAACUUAUACAAGCUUCAGUAAGCCAAGUUCUUAAUACAAGAAAUUCACAAUAUUCAAUUACUAAUCCUCCUGUUUCAAAU